UGCGCGCAAAAGAGAACGCAACAGAUGCCAGAAGCUCCCUUAGACUGUCACCUGUGUCUGGAGAAAGGCUUGCAGCCCGAAGACAGCACACUGCAAGUCAGAGAGCACCAGGAGCCAUGAUGGGGCCCUUUGGAGCCCUGUGUUUGGCCUGGGCUUUGCUAGGAGUGAUCAGAGCGUGUCCCGAGCCUUGCGCCUGUGUUGACAAGUACGCCCACCAGUUUGCAGACUGUGCCUACAAGGAGCUGCGCGAGGUCCCAGAAGGACUGCCAGCCAACGUGACCACGCUUAGUCUGUCUGCCAACAAGAUUACGGUGCUAAGGCGGGGGGCCUUCGUCAACGUCACGCAGGUCACUUCGCUGUGGCUGGCUCACAGUGAGGUGCGCACCGUAGAGUCAGGGGCAUUGGCAGUGCUGAGUCAGCUCAAGAACCUCGACCUAAGCCACAACCUCAUAUCCAACUUCCCUUGGAGCGACCUUCGUAACUUGAGCGCGCUGCAGCUGCUGAAAAUGAACCACAACCGCCUGGGAUCGCUGCCCCGGGAUGCACUCGGCGCGCUCCCGGACCUCCGCUCCCUACGCAUCAACAACAACCGGCUGCGUACCCUGGAGCCCGGCACGUUCGACGCACUAAGCGCGCUGUCACACCUGCAACUCUAUCACAACCCCUUCCACUGCAGCUGUGGUCUCGUGUGGCUGCAGGCCUGGGCGGCGAGCACCCGGGUCUCCUUACCGGAGCCCGAUUCUAUAGCGUGCGCCUCGCCCCCUGAGCUGCAGGGCGUGCCAGUGCACCGCCUGCCCGCCCUGCCCUGCGCACCGCCCAGCGUGCGUCUGAGCGCAGAGCCGCCGCCUGAGGCGCCUGGCACUCCUCUGCGCGCAGGCUUGGCUUUCAUGUUACACUGCGUCGCCGAAGGCCACCCUACACCCCGCCUGCAAUGGCAACUUCAGAUCCCCGGUGGCACUGUAGUCUUAAUGCCACCGGUUCUCAGCAAGGAAGAAGAUGGAGGAGAUCAAGUAGAGGAUGGGGAGGGUGACGGAGAUGAGGACCUGCCUACGCAGACUGAAGCGCCAACCCCGACUCCAGCACCUGCUUGGCCAGCGCCUCCGGCCACCCCGCGCUUCUUGGCCCUCGCAAAUGGCUCUCUGUUGGUGCCCCUCCUGAGUGCCAAAGAGGCAGGCAUCUACACUUGUCGUGCACACAAUGAGCUGGGCACCAACUCAACGUCCUUACGGGUGACGGUGGCUGCAGUGGGGCCGCCAAAACACGCUCCUGGAACAGGGGAAGAACCUGAUGCGCAGGCCCCGACCUCUGAGCGCAAGACCACCACUAAGGGCCGUAGCAACAGCGUCCUGCCCUUCAAGCCUGAAGGCAAAACCAAAGGCCAAGGUCUGGCCCGAGUCAGCGUCCUCGGUGAAAUCGAGGCAGAGCUGGAGGAGACAGAUGAAGGAGAGCAGAUAGGAGGUCAGAUCCCUGCAGAUCCGAUGGGGGAGAAACACUGUGGCCAUGGGGACCCCUCUCGCUAUGUGUCUAACCAUGCAUUCAACCAGAGCUCAGAUCUCAAGCCUCACGUUUUUGAGUUGGGCGUCAUCGCACUGGAUGUAGCAGAGCGUGAGGCUCGGGUGCAACUGACGCCUCUUGCUGCGCGUUGGGGCCCUGGGCCAGAUGGUGCUAGCGGAGCGCGGCGGCCCGGGAGGAGGCCACUGCGCCUACUCUAUCUGUGUCCUGCAGGGGGUGGCACGGCAGUUCAGUGGUCACGAGUGGAGGAGGGGGUCAAUGCCUACUGGUUUCGUGGCCUCCGGCCUGGUACCAACUACUCCGUAUGCUUGGCACUGGCGGGCGAGACGUGCCAUGUGCAAGUGGUGUUUUCCACCAAGAAAGAAUUGCCGUCCCUGCUAGUUAUAGUGACCGUGAGCGUUUUUCUCCUGGUGCUGGCCACCGUGCCCCUGCUGGGUGCCGCCUGCUGCCAUCUGCUGGCCAAACAUCCGGGCAAACCCUAUCGUUUAAUCCUGCGGCCACAGGCUCCGGACCCUAUGGAGAAACGCAUUGCUGCGGAUUUCGACCCGCGCGCCUCAUACCUUGAGUCUGAGAAAAGCUACCCUGCCCGUGGAGAGGCGGGAGGUGAGGAGCCAGAGGAGGUCCCGGAAGAAGGUCUGGAUGAAGAUGUGGAGCAGGGGGACCCAAGCGGGGACCUUCAGAGAGAGGAAAGCCUGGCGGGUUGCUCAUUGGUGGAGUCUCAGUCUAAGGCUAACCAAGAGGAGUUCGAGGCUGGCUCUGAGUACAGCGAUCGGCUGCCCCUGGGAGCGGAAGCAGUCAACAUCGCCCAGGAGAUAAACGGCAACUAUAGGCAGACAGCGGGCUGAGCCCCCAGUACGCCUGGCCUGCCCACCUCCACCUUGGGUAUCUCGUAGCCUAGGGAUGGCAGGACUUUACCACCCUCACGGGACCCCGCCCCACCCUUCAGUUACUCUGCCUCCUUAGCCCUCCCCAGGGGUCACUACUAGGCAUUUCUAGGAGUGGGCCGAAUUCAAUGAUCAUUCUCUUGGCGAGUUUGAAUCCCUAUCCCUACCCAAAGCACAGAGUCAGGCUCCUACCUCCUCUAAGACACCACCCAUGGGCGGCUAGAAACCGUCUAUGCCUUCCAUUCCACGCCGACGAUCAGCGAAAUUCAUCGCGCACUCCAUCCGGUGGAAAUUGGAGGCAAGGAGAACGCGCCACGCCAGUCGCGUUGGCCACAUCUAGUGAUAAUAAUGGGGUUUGUCCGGCGUUUGCCCGGGAUCCCCGGGACAGGUACCCAGCGUGGAGCGCUGUGGCUCUCACCUUGAUCCCACUCUGCCUUUUCAAGGUUGCAUGUGCCAGAAGCUCGCUAAUUUUUAUUCUCAACUCUCCUUUCCUAUAAUGAUCCAAAUGCGCGCGUCCCCCCAUCCCUAACCCCACCCCAUUUCUGUUUAGUUAGAGCCAAGCUAGGGUCCUGGUAGGCCUUUCAACUCAGCGCACUGAUUUUCUUAUUUUCGUUGUUUUAAAAAACAGCGACAUUUCUGGGUCUGGUGCUAAUAUCCCCUUCCCACCUUCUGGGAAAUUGGGUGUGAGUGUGUCAGGUGUGAGAGUCGGAAUCUGUUUUCUUCCGGCUCUCUCCUAAUUUCAAGCGCUCCCGGACUGCGCACCCCUUUUCCUCGCAGGGUGCCGUCUUGGUUCCCCGGCCAGUUUCGUUGUCAAUGUUUUGCAGAUGCUAGAGGUUAGUGCGUGCCACAGUGGCUCUUGCAACUCCAUGGGGUCCAGACCCCAGCAGGAGCGUGCUGGGAGCGCAGGGAGCUGUGACUCCCCGGGCGCAUCUCACUGGCGGGCUCGUCUUAGGCCUGAGCGUGGCAGCAGCGGGGUGAGAAGUCGGGGAGGGACACCCUAUUUCCUCGCGUCGCUCCUCCUUCCAGGAAAAUAGACUUUGCCCAGCGUGUAGUCCCCGCCGAGCGUGGGCUAUAGACUUCCGUGUCCUGUAAAGUGUGACGGUGUAGUGUAGGGGGACGAGGGGUGAGCGGGUGGGCAGGUGGACGAGGAAGGAGGGAGGGAGGGGGCGGGAGCAGCGAGGGACUUGGGUGGGGUCAGGUUUUAGUUCUUUUAGGAAACCAUCAGGGGGUGGGGUUUCAGGCGUCUGGACCAAGGCUCUGGCUCUGGGCGAAGUGCAGCACAAACGUGGGUGGCCCGGGGAGGAGUUGACCCCGAAACCCACGUCCUUUUCUAAAUGCUUCUGUAUGUAAACUGUCAAUAAAACAAUCGAUUUGAACAGGA